AUAUUAAAAAAAUGAUUCGAGGUUUUAUUGCGAUUUUUGCCAUUGUCGGAUGUCUUUUGGGAAUUAGCAUCUUAUACUUUGUUAUGUUGUUUGAAGGCAAUCUUUUUGAUAAGUUUGGUCGUCUUAGUACUCUUGGUGUAGCUGCAUUCAACACUUUUAUAGCAGCUAUAGUAUCUGGCCAAAUGGUUGAAAAUUCGUCUUCAGAUGACGUGGAUGCUAUUAUUUAUAAUUGCAAUUGGUAUGAUUGGAAUGAAGAAAACAAACGGUUUUUUUUAAUUGUAAGAAUGUCAACAAUGCAACCAUUCAAAUUACAAUUUUCGGAAAAUUAUGCAAUUAAUUAUGAACUGGGAGUUUCGGGCGCCGCCCCCCAGGGGUGGACCGGCAAUUAG